GGCCGGCGGUGGGAGUGGCGGCGCUGGCUCCGGCUGAAGGCGCCCGGGCUGGCGGAGGGCGCCGUGCGGUGUAGUGUGGCGGCGGCGGCCUGCCGCACCAUGCUGAGCGGAGCGUGCGGUUGGCUCGCCUCAGCGCUGCGGGGUCCACGCGUGCCGCCGUUCGCGGUCGCCCGUAGGUGCCUUCACGCGUCGGGGUCACGGCGGUCCGCGGACAAGAGCGAGAGGACCGGGGACCCGCCCCGCGCCUUCGACCCGGCGCUGCUCGAGUUCUUGGUGUGCCCUCUUUCCAAGAAGCCGCUCAGAUACGAAGCAUCGAGGAACGAAUUGAUUAAUGAAGAGUUGGGAAUAGCCUAUCCAAUUAUUGAUGGGAUCCCUAAUAUGAUACCGCAGGCAGCUAGGAUGACACAUCAAAGUAAGAAGCAAGAAGAAAUGGAGCAGCACUAGAUCAUAAUUUUUUAAAAAGCAGCACAGCUAAACUUUCUUAAUACCACUUACCUUUUUAAAAGUCAGAGUGGCAGGUAGUAAGUGGGGGAGAAGAAUGUUUUUGUCUCUUCCUACGUUGACUGUUCUUAUACCAUUGGUCUCUCUAGCGGGACUGUUCUACUCAGCCUCUGUGGAAGAAAACUUCCCACAGGGCUGCACUAGCACAGCCAGCCUGUGCUUUUACAGUCUGCUCCUGCCCAUUACCAUACCUGUUUAUGUGUUUUUCCACCUUUGGACUUGGAUGGGUAUUAAACUCUUCAGGCAUAAUUAAUACAGCCAGAGCCAAGAUGAUACAUAUAUUAAUGAUACAUCGUGAGUGUCUAUCUCGGAAAGCUCAGCUACAUGGAAAUACUGGAAACCCACUUAAAUUGCAGGAAAGGUGCUUUGCCUUGCUUCUCUCAGAGGUUUAGGACCAUGGGAGGCUUAAGCUGCAGGAGUUUCUUUUAUAUUUUUGUUCUGCCCUUGUUUUUUGAAAAUUCUAAUGUGUAACUACUGUAUCAGAAGAAACACUUCAACACAGUUUUUUGGAAAUUAACAGUCCUAACCAUCACCUGAUGACUUUCUUACCCCAUUCAUCUAAAAAUAAUUAAAAUUUUAUGUUUAUUUUAGAUUCAAAAUAUUUGGCAGAGUCACAUGUUAAGGAUGACUGAAUUAUUCCAGAGGAGUUGUGUUGGAGCAGUUGUAGAGAAAUAUAUUUGAGCUAGUGUGCUAGAAGACUACAAUAAAAUGGAAAUUUCAUGUACUUGCGAACAUUCUGAGUUUGUAAAAUUACCUUCGUUUCUUUGGCAUCAAAGAUGACACUAUUCCAUU